UCAGACAAAAAAUUUGCUUGGCGCCUUCUCUCUCUCUCUUUCCAUUUCUCUCUCAAAUUCCAAGAUUCAGAAACCCUAGACCGCUCUCUGCUCUACAUUCUCAUUUUUCUCUAUGUGGAUUCUACUGGAUAAGCUCCUUGCAUUGUCCACUCAGUCUCUUCUCCUCUGUUGUAGUUGCAGUAGCCGUGGCAGUACGCUCUCAGGAUAAAUUUUCUGGGACUUUCAUGGACGGGGAUCUGUGGGAUUGGCCGUAUGAUCAAGGUUUCUCCUAUUCCGAUGCUGGUGAAAGCAGUUACAGUGUGGAAUCUGGAUGGCAGGCUGACUUUUACUUCGGUUAUGGGAGAGAUGUUAUAGAAGAAAAUGCUAUGAAUGAGAAGUAUUGCGUUCAAGUACUAAAGAUUUUGAUACGGAAGGCAGCUUCUGAAAUCGAUGAUCUUGAAGAAGAUCUAGUUUUGCUUCAAUGUGGCCUCGCAUGGACAGAAAGUAGAAACCAAUUUGAAGCAUGCUGUAAUGCUUUGAGAGAAAAAAUUGACGUCCUUCACAAUUCAAUAAAGAGCUGGAGACGAAGUGAUAAGAUUAAUACAGUCGAUCAGUUACCAUUACAUACACAACCAGCAGAGAAAUUGUUCGAGAUACUGAAGCCUUUUCUUGGAGAGGGCCGAGAACAAGAUGAUGGGCAGGAUCGGCAUGCAACUGUGAGCAGCCAAGGUACUGAUACUUCAAUGCAGUUAGUUGGCCCAUUUAGUGAAACCUCGAGCAUUUCUGGCAUAAAAGUCAAAAGUGAAGAAAUGGAAGUCAAGAGUAUUUUCCCAGCAGUGUAUUCAACACCCAAUGGUUCGGUCCAAAAGCACCAGGAAAAUGAUAUUUGCAAGAAAGAAAUUAAGGCUGAAAUUUCCGUUGAAGGAGUUUCCUCAAAUGUGCUUGUGACCGAAGAAUAUCUGAAGUCUGUUUCAAAAGUAAAAAUUGAGGAAGCGGAGGAACUCCGGAUAAAUAACUCGUGCAAGAGCAGAAAAUUGAAGUCAGCUUUGAAUGUUGGUGGUGAAGGCCGCCUUCUGAAUGCACGAAAGCAGCAUGGAAAAUCUGUUCUUGAAAAUACCAAUCCAGAUGUCCCAAGACAAUCAGAUGGAUUCAGUGGAAACAAAAGGUCGUUUGAUACCAUUUCAAGUUCUCCAGCAUCAUACCCAAAGAGUGGAAACUGCAAUACAGAGGACAAGCUAAUUGAUUUCUUGUUAAGAAAGAAGAAGAACAAGAGUGACGGGGGGUCAAUUCUCCCUGAAUCCAAUGGAAGUGCCCCUUCAUGUUCAUCUUCAAACACGAAAGAAAAGGUGGAUUGCGAUCUACGCUUUUUGGAUACUAAGAAAACGGGUACAUUUGAUUCAUCAAAUCUUCCUACAAUGUUGCUUUCAAAGCUGCAUAAUCAGCAGGGAAACAACGAUUUGGUCAGAACCCAGACCAAGGAGACAAACAAGUUAUUGCUAGACGAUUAUCUAAAUGUUGAGAAUGUUUGUCAUGAGAAGUCAUAUUCAAAUAUGGAUCACAAGCCUAAAGAAUUUACCGAAAAGGGGCGGAGCAAAUCACAUACUCCGAUUUCUAAAGCAAAAAAGCAUCGAAAGCCAGGAGCAGUUGGAGACAAUGCCUGCUUAGAUCUGCCUCUUGAACCUUGUCAGCUCAGGGUUGAAAAGCAGGACUGUGCUCUUGACACUGAGAAAAACUUAGGUCCUUCAUCCCAAAAUAAAGGGACUUCAAAAAUGCUGGUUGGACAAGAGCUCAUAGAUGUAACUUCUGUUAAUGAUAUUUCUAGUUCAGAUCAGAUCAAACCCGACGACAGCGGAACUGGGGAAAACAAACAAAUGAAGUCAUGCGCCGCCGCCACGGAUGAUCGCAUAGCUGAAAUUUUGGCACUUUUACCUUCCUCAGAUCUCAAACUGAAGAGUCUAGCAGAACUGAGGAUUAUUGCAAAGGAACACAACUUGACCAAAUAUCACAAGCUUCGCAAAAGGGUGCUGCUCGACCUGCUUGUUCAAAAGCUUUUGGAAUGACUUACCAAGGUUGGUAUAUUUAUUUUUCUCUUUAAUCAGUCUUAGUUUAUUGGAAAUAUUUUGUCCUAGCUAGGAAAAAUCAUGAAACAAAGAGUACACGGGGUCUUUUGCAGGGGAUCAAAGUGAAGUGAUAGUACAUUGCAUUCAAACUAAAAUGGGUAGGUUAAAAAAUGGAGAUAUUUAGGAUAUCAGAUAGGAAUUUCUAUAUCGUGUAUAGAUGUUUUGGAUUAUGGUGGUAUUUUUAAAUUUCAGCUUUGGUAAAUUGGUUGUAGUUUUUAGGUUGCUGCUGCCAUAUUUAUGUACAGUAACCCUUCAACUUUUGUGGAUUUGAGAAAGUCGAACUGCUCGGAGUUCCAAAGAAGCUUUUUUCUUUUUU